AUGGAAAAAGAAGACAACGAUAUUGAAGUUGUUAAGAUGAUUGUAUCAAAUAAAUCUGUCUAUUUUUUAACAAAUAAAGGCUGUAUUUUUACUGAUAUACCACCAAUAUAUUUGGAUACAAGGCAUUGUUUAGGAAGAGUUUGUGAUAUUGCUUGUGGAUAUGAGCACUGUAUUCUCCUUACUGAUUUUGGCCAUGUUUAUACAUGGGGAAGUGGAAACAGGUUUCAACUAGGCCAUGGUGAUAUUGAAUAUAUAGACAAGCCUCAAGAAGUAGAUGCUUUAGCUGGAAUAAAAAUUACAAAGAUUGCUGCAGGAGGUUAUCAUUGUUUAGCACUAAGUGAAUUUGGAGAUGCUUACACCUGGGGUUGGAAUAAUGAAGGUCAACUUGGUAUAUUGGAUAAUGUUGAACAUCCAAGUAUUGAAAAUCCAAUUCAAUAUUCAAUACCAAAAUUAAUUGACAUCUAUGAUGAAAAUGGUGAAAUUGUAACCAUAGACAUUGCUGACAUAGCAUGUGGGUCAAAGCACUCAGCUUUAAAAUUGGCAGAUAAUACAGUGUGGACGUGUGGUUAUAACAAAUAUGGUCAAUUAGGACUAUCAUCAAAAAUGUUUCCGUCUGUUAAAUAUUUUAGAAAAGUAUAUGAAUCUUGUAUCAAUUUCAAGAUUAUGUGUGGGAUAUGGUGUACAGUUAUUGAAACCACAAGUAAUUAGUUUUAUAAACAUUGAACUUUUCAA